CACAGCUGCCCCACCAUGCUGCCGCUGGCCGCCCUGCUGCUGUGCCUGGCCCUGCUGUGCGCCUGGGGGCUGGCACGCCGCCGGGGUCCCAUGGGGACGGGGACGGGGACGGGGACGGGGACGGGAGGGCGGCUGCAGAGCCUGCCAGCCCUGCCGCUGGUGGGGAGCCUGCUGCAGCUGGCCGGGCACCCCCAGCUCCACCUGCGGCUCUGGAGCCUGCAGGGCCGCUACGGCAGCCUCUACGGGCUCUGGAUGGGCUCCCACUACGUGGUGGUGGUCAACAGCUACCAGCACGCCCGCGAGGUGCUGCUGAAGAAGGGGAAGGCUUUCGCCGGACGGCCCCGCACUGUGACCACGGACCUGCUGUCCCGGGGGGGCAAGGACAUCGCCUUCGCCAGCUACAGCCCCCUCUGGAAGUUCCAGCGCAAGCUGGUGCACGCCGCCCUCUCCAUGUUCGGAGAGGGCUCGGUCGCCCUCGAGAAGAUCAUCUGCCAAGAGGCUGCCUCCCUGUGUGAGACGCUCAGCGCCGCGCAGGACGCAGCCCUGGACAUGGCCCCGGAGCUCACGAGGGCCGUCACCAACGUGGUCUGCUCCCUCUGCUUCAACUCCUCCUACCGCCGUGGGGACCCCGAGUUCGAGGCCAUGCUGGAGUACAGCCAGGGCAUCGUGGACACCGUGGCCAAGGAGAGCUUGGUGGACAUCUUCCCCUGGCUGCAGAUCUUCCCCAACAAGGACUUGGCCCUGCUGAAGAAAUGCCUCAAGGUCAGGGAUGAGCUGCUCCAGCAGAAGUUCACCGAACACAAGGAAACCUUCUGUGGGGACACCGUGAGGGACCUCAUGGAUGCCCUCCUGCAAGUGAGGCUCAGCGCCGAGAACAACAGCCCGCCGGCAGCAGGGCUGGAGCUGACGGACGACCACCUCCUCAUGACGGUGGGGGACAUCUUCGGGGCUGGCGUGGAGACCACCACGACCGUGCUCAAGUGGACCGUGCUCUACCUGCUCCACUACCCUGAGGUCCAGAGGAAGAUCCAGGAGGAGAUGGACCAGAAAAUCGGCCUGGCCCGUCACCCCCACCUCAGCGACCGCCCGCUGCUGCCCUACCUGGAGGCCACCAUCAGCGAAGUGCUGCGCAUCCGGCCCGUGUCCCCCCUGCUCAUCCCUCACGUGUCCCUCACCGACACCAGCAUCGGGGAGUACGCCAUCCCCAAGGGCGCCAGGGUCAUCAUCAACCUCUGGUCCGUGCACCACGACGAGAAGGAGUGGGACAAGCCCGAGGAGUUCAACCCCGGACGCUUCCUGGACGAGAAGGGCCAGCACAUCCACUCACCCUCGCCCAGCUACCUGCCCUUCGGGGCCGGGAUCCGCGUGUGCCUGGGCGAAGUCCUGGCCAAGAUGGAGCUGUUCCUCUUCCUGGCCUGGGUGCUGCAGAGGUUCACGCUCGAGUGCCCCCCGGACCAGCCCCUGCCCUCGCUGGAGGGCAAGUUCGGCGUCGUGCUGCAGGUGCAGAAGUUUCGGGUGAAGGCCAGGCUGCGGGAGGCCUGGAGGGCGGCCUCGUGACGGGGACACCCGUGUGAUGGUGGGGUGGACGCCACAGAGCCUCCACCCUGCCUGCCUGGUGGAUGCCAGGCUGCCUGAAUAAAGCAGUUCCCAACCCA